GUAGCGGGCGGGCGUGCGCCCCUGCCAGCGGGGUGCCCGGCGGGAGCGCGGCCGCCGGGAGUCGAGGUUGGGAUUUGGAGUCUCGGACCGGUGCAAAAUUAAGAAAAGGUAGUUUGUGAAGGGCAUGGCCUGGCGGGGCUGCCCCGGGGAGCUCGGGUUGAGAGCUCUGCACCGGGAUCGGCCGCAGCCUGGGCUGAGGCAGCUGGAAUCUGCUUGGGCCAGUGGCACUAACACUCUGCCUCUUGCUUUCUGGUAGACAUGUUUACUUUUGCAACCUGGAUCAGGCUGCAACAGUAAUGUGUGUGGUGGACGUUACUUGAUUAUACAAAUCGGGGGGUAGGUGAGGUCAUCAGGACGUGGUAAUGUAUACUUAAAUGUCCUUACUUUACUGAAAUGCCACCCUUACUUUGAAAGUAAGUAAGACGUUCAGUCUCUUGGACUGAUGCAGUUCUGUGUUCCUUCUAAGUCAAGGAAGAGAUGGUUUGAUCUGCCAAGGUCAAAAUCCAGUGGUUUGGCAGCUCUCGGUUGCGGUCCGGGUGGUCACACAAACUUUGCAAAGAGACUGUUUGCUCUGUGACUGGCAUGAAACCAACACAGGUGUUGUCCAGAGCCAGCUCCAUGUAGUUUGACUUCCAGUCCCUCAGAUGGAUUUGGCCUCUUGGUGUUCAAAGGCAGGAGAAAAAGCUGCACAGAAAGGCACAGGUUUUGUAACUGUCUAGCAGAAAUAGGUCAUGACAUGCAGAGUAGGCCCAGCUGGGACAUGAUUUAGUGAUUUGCUUGCAAUUGCAUGGCUGGCUUUAGGAAGCAGAAAAUAAGCUAAAGCUACUGGUGUUAGUCUUUGUGUCACCAGAAUUGAAGGCAUUCACUACCACUUAGUUAUUUACAGAAAGUCAAAUGGAUUUGUGUAUUUCUUUAUUAAACGCUUAUUUGGCUCAGGUAUCUAGAAAGGUUAUUGUGUUUCUUUUGUUUGUUCUAAACCAUGUACUUUAUUUGUAAAUUCUGAUCAGAAGUAUUUUUAACUGCUUUCUAUAUCUGGAGUAGUUCUAGCAUACAUUUAGGUAUUCCUUUUGGAAUAACUUGACCACAACAUCCAUCUCUGAAAGCCCCACUGCCUUAGGGAAUGAAAGCCACAAUGGCUGGAAGAAUAGGAUGUGUGAUUGGUGUGUGUGUGCCGUAGUAACUGUGACAAGUGAACUGGGGCACUGGCUGAUACCCUGCAGGGCCUGAGAAGCAAGCUAAUGAAAAGCAAAGACAGUGCAAACUUAGCAACUCCACAGUGAUAAUAUAUUCAUUGCUCCUUGUUCUCAGUUUGUGACUGGUCUGUAGUGAGGAGCAAUUAGUGUUACAGCCAUAGGGGUCACAGAAACAUGCUUUCAGAUGACAGGAUGUUGAAACUUGCAAAACUAUUGUGAAUACUUCUUGCCUAUCUUCUGGGUUGGAUCUGAAAAUGUUCAUGGAUUCUGUUUAGUUUCAUGAGAUUUCAGUUGGGUGUGGGAGGUGUGGAGUUAGACUACCUGCAUUUCAUCACUCUUUAAAAUGAUCCUUCCAGCUGUGGAAGGAAAAACUCCAUGAUGUAGGAGCUUCAGGAGACAACUGGAUGGCUCUGUCCAAGGCCAUCUGUUCUAAGUCUAGGUUAGGUUACAAACAGUGGGGUCAGUACAGCUGCUGCUUUGGUAUUGUGUGGUGAACUUAUGUUCAGCUUUUGGCCUUUUUAACCUAUUUCUACUUGUUUCUUUUUUUGAGACAGUGGGAGGCUGAGUGCAUGCUAUCUAUUCUGUAUUCUGCAUUUAAUAUCUGUAGUAACACUUUCUCUGAAUACUUGGUGACUCCCUCUACCAGAAACACUAUAUAGCUUUUUUGUGGUUUGAGUAUCCAUCAAGUCCUUAUAAUGUUGUCUAUAUGAAAUAUGUGGUUAAAAUCUGUUUAUAGAAGUGAAAUGAUAUUGAGCAGCUAACCUGAGUGGGCCAACCUCAGGCUGUGAAAAUUUAUGUUAGUUUUGAAGGUGAAAUCAGAUAUACCUGGGAAGCUGGUCCUAAGUUGUUUUCUAAUAAAAGCCGGAACUUAAUCAGAUUGUUAUUGGACUGGUUAGUGCACAUGAUAGAUCCUGUUUGUAUCUUAGUAUUUAAGAUAUGGCUGUCAUUCUCGCGGGAGUGUGCAGUGUAGAGUCCGUUUUACUAAGACUAGAUAAGGGCAAGUAGCAACAGGCACUCUGAAAGUGGCAUUUUCAUGCUUGUUUGGUUAUGUACAAGUAAACAAAAGAAAGUCUGAUGCCACCCUGUCAUCUUGUACAUAUGAUGACAUGUCCAAAUUCUUGAAUUAAAAAAAAAAAAAAGAAAGUAGGAUUACAUAUUUUUACUACAAAUCUUUGUUUUCUAGUACAAUAAAAAAGUAAUUUAUACUGCUUAUGGGUGAAAACCUCAGCUUUUUGUUAUAAAGAGGGAAGAUGAGAGGACUCUUAAGGUAGUGAGGCUUGAGAGCAUUAAUAAGGAAAUUAGUAUUUUAUUUUUUUUUUCAUCCUGCCCUAGAUGUAUCAUUUCCAGUAACGGUCUUCAGCAUCCUGAUACAAAGUUCCAUUUCAGCAUCCUCCAUCUGUUCGUGUAGAUCCUGUAAUUCAGACAUAACCACUUGAAAUUUUAUGUGGCCUCAAUGAAGUCAUUGCCACUGGGAUAAAGAGAACAGCCCAGCUCCUCUAGAAAGACCUUGUGUGGCCCUUGUUCUUGGCCAGUCCUCUCUGAAACUCUCUGUCCUGGAGCUCCAUUUUGUGGGUAGCUGGUCACAGUCUCUGAGCAGCAGGCUCUGUGCCAGAAGCCAGAACUGCAGCAUGCUGUUUGGGGUCAACUCUUGGGCAGCAGCUGCAGAGCCCUCAGGAAAACAUUUGUCUUGGACUUCUGAGCUCAAACCUCAUUCUGGCACUUGGCCUACUUAGACCCAUUUCAGCCUCUGUGGCUGUCUAAUUUCCAGGUUAAACAAGGACGCCGUGUCACCGCUUCCCUACAGACCAACAUGUUAAAGGUGAGGCAUGAAACAGAAGAACUUUUGUUGAGUUGUGUCCAUGAUGCUGGUGCAGUGGCAUUGGGCACUACAGUGAGGCGGCAGCACUGAUAUAUGGACCCAAAAGGGCUGCAGGAGCUGAAAGGUCAGCACCAAGUGCAUAAGUACACAGGUUGUGGUGGUCCCUGAGGCCUGUGCAGAGGAAGUGUUUGCAAGCAUUGCUGUUUCCUAGUGCACAAAUAUCACUGGGGGUAAGGUGGAGCUGGAAGGCUAGAGCAAGUAUAGCACUUGAUCUUCAGCAUGAUGAAUAGACUAGAGUUCUGUUCUCUUCUCCUGUGUAUUCAACUGAGCCUUCCCAGUAUCUGUCAGUUUGUGGUGUUCCUGGUGGUUAUUAAUACCUCUGGUGACAGCUUCCAAUUAUGCUGCGUUGUAGAAGAGUUCUCCUGGAAAGCAAAGGUGAAUUGGCAGGUCUGAAGGGCUGACAGCCUGUCAAAACGUAGUUGCUAAGUCCAGUCAUCUAAGCUCUCAUUCUUUCAGUACUAGUAUAGAACAUAGGAUUGACAGCCCAGACUGAAACUGUUUUUUCACGGGUCAGGCAAAGCACACUCUGUGACAGCGUAUACUCCUCUGAUGUGCAGAAGUGUUGACCAUCAACUAUGCAGAGAGGGGCAUAGGGACUUGGGGAUUAUAAGCAUCGCUUUUGACUGAAAAAGUUACGUGUUUGGGCACUGAUAUGUUAAAAUACCAACAACCACAUGUCUUUUCCAACUGCAGGGAACUGAAUAACCCUUCCCCUGUAGCCUGGGAACUGUAGCAGACAGUUUUUGGUUUUUCCCUGCCCUCUUAGCUCUCACACAGGCUACAAGUAACUCGAGGUCCAACCUCACCCUAUUCCUCCCAUUUAGAAAAUCCUACUUACACAACUACCUGAGAAAGUGCUUCAUCCUUCCUCUGAGUUGCCAGCUGAGUUUCCGUCUCUGAUAUUUGGCAUUCGUUGUGGAAUCGAUAAAAACAUGAAUCACUGCUGGGUGCAGUGGCAGUUUUUGUAAUACAGGAUUAACUCCCCUGGAGCUCAAGCUGAUGCUACUGAACUCCUCCUAAUUCUUUCUUGCUGACAUCAAACUGGGCAGAAACUGAACUAACAGCUUAAAAAUUACAUCUCCAGUCACUUUUUUCCUCCCAGACAAACCCAUCUCUGUACACAACAAGAAGCUCUAGUAGCUCUGGGAAACUUCUUUCUGUUCCCCAUCGCAAACCCCACUAUUUUGCAGCAAAACAGCAAAAGUUAGUUAUUUCCAACAGGAGCUUUAAAGUAUAUUGACACCAACUGCCUGCUGAAUGCUUGUUCUUAGAAUGCUGCUUCUUGACAGUUCAUUUUAGAGUAAUAAAUGAAAAGCAGUAUUAUCCCUCCAGUAAGUGCUUUUACUUUAGUUUCCUUGCCUGUAGCAGCUGCUCAGGUGGAUGCCACACCAGGAACAGAACCACUGUCUCCUGCCUCCCAGACCAAUGGUGUUUCCUUCCUGAAAACUUUAAGCAUAUGAUUGUCCUUGAGAAGAAAGUAUACAGUUUUGGCAUCCAUUAGAUACAAUCAUUAAAGUCUCCAUUUCUUUCCACCCUUCCAUCAGGGAGGACAACUUUUAACUCCUUUUCUUUCCUGUAAUGUGCAUUCUAAAAUGGGGAGGCAGGAGUUUUGUACUGUUCUGUCUUCAAGUGGAGUGGUUAAGGAAGCCUGGUCCUGAAAAAGGUACAAAAAUAAGUUACUGAGAAAGAAACGAGAGGAGUGCUCCUACAAGAAGGGCUAAAAUAGGUUUAAUAAGCAUGGGAGUGCUUUCACUCUCAAAUAUGGACACCUUUUCAAAAUAGUGGUGAAGAGAACAUGAGAAAUUCAACCAGGCCAGAAAGCAGUAGUUUUCAGGAAAAAAUACUUUUUUGUUGCUUGUUAGCAUUUGGUUUUGUUGUUGUUUGUUUGUGGGGGUUUUUGGUUGGUUGGUUUUGUUUUUUGGUUUGUUUUUUUUGUGUGUGUGUGUGUGGGGGGGUGUUUUUUGUUUGUUUUGGUUGUUUGUGGGUUUUGUUGUUGUUGUUUUGUUUUGUUUGUUUUUGUUUUUUCUGUUCAGGGAUGAGUUCUCUUAAUGGGACAGAAGCAGAAAUGAAGCCUGAAUAUUUAGCUGGGCUUUUUGAUUUAACCUUCCUUACAUUCUGAGGAACUUUCACCAUGAGUGCAACAGGGGCAGCAUUUCUAACAAAGCAAGUUCCCAAUGUGGGAUUUCCUGGGGCAAGUAAAGCUGUGCAGAGCUCACAAACAACCCUCAGGUGCCCGAAACAGAGCAUUUCCUCAGGUGGAUUGAAAACCAGGAAUUGCAGAGCUCAGGAAGAGGACGCUUUCUACUGGAACAUGCUGCUCCCUUCUCAGCUUUUUUGACGGACAGCUUUGGGCGUCAGCACAACUACUUGCGAAUUUCUUUGACUGAGAAAUGCAACCUCAGGUGUCAGUAUUGUAUGCCAGAGGAAGGUGUUCAGCUGACUCCUAAAUCAGAGCUGCUUACUGCUCAGGAGAUAAUCACCCUAGCCAAACUGUUUGUGAAAGAAGGUGUAGAGAAGAUCCGACUGACAGGAGGAGAGCCACUUAUCCGACCCGAUGUGGUCGAUAUUGUUGGGCAACUGAACAAGCUAGAAGGGCUGAAAAACAUUGCUGUCACAACCAACGGGAUCAACUUGGCCAGAUUACUGCCCCGACUGAAGGAGGCAGGACUAAAUGCUGUUAACAUUAGCCUGGAUACUUUGGUCCCAGCUAAGUUUGAGUUCAUUGUCCGGAGGAAAGGCUUUCAUAAGGUAAUGGAAGGAAUCCACAAAGCCACUGAACUUGGCUACCAUCCUGUUAAGGUAAAUUGUGUGGUGAUGCGAGGCUUCAAUGAGGAUGAGCUGCUGGACUUUGUGGAUUUCACAAAGGAUCUGCCCCUUGAUGUGCGGUUCAUAGAAUACAUGCCCUUUGAUGGCAAUAAAUGGAACUUCAAGAAGAUGGUGAGCUACAAAGAAAUGCUUGAUACUAUUAAGCAGCGAUGGCCUGAAUUGGAGAAAUUGCCCUGUGAAGCUUCCAGCACAGCCAAGAGUUAUAAGGUGCCACAUUUCCAGGGACAAAUCAGCUUUAUCACCUCCAUGUCAGAGCACUUCUGUGGAUCCUGCAAUCGGCUGAGGAUAACAGCAGAUGGGAACCUAAAGGUGUGCCUUUUUGGGAAUUCAGAAGUGUCCUUGAGAGAUCACCUACGGUCAGGUGCCUCAGAGGAACAGUUGGUUCAAAUCAUUGGAGCUGCUGUGGGCAGAAAAAAGAAACAGCAUGCUGGCAUGUUUAACAUUUCCCGGAUGAAAAACCGGCCAAUGAUCCUGAUUGAGGCUGCUUUGAUGUCAUUCCCACUAUGCCAAGAUGCCCUACAGAAUGCCCCAAAUUCAAAAGAGUGGGGCCACACACUUCGCUAUUUGCCAGCUUUGAAAGCAAGUUUACUCAAACAAAUGGGAAAAGCAUUAAUGAAAAAUAAGCUUGCAGGGCAACUUUUCCUGCCAGGAUCUCACCCAGAGCAACAAUGGCACAUAAUGACUGGAAUUCUACAAACCCAGCUCAGAGGCUACUGCGUCUUCCAGAAGGACUCGAUUUCUACAUUUGACACAAAGUGCCUUGAGGCUUCUCCUGUUGGCCAAGUUUCUGUGGACUCUCAGUCCAAAGAGUCAAGUCCAGGAUCUGAAUUCUGUACCAGGGAUUUGGGAUCUUGCACCAAGGUACCUCGUGCCUCUGACAGCUUAACUCACGCUGAUGAGGAAGGACGGGCCAUGAUGGUUGAUGUUGGAGGGAAGCCAGAUUCAAGAAGAAGUGCUGUUGCUGGUGCUGUGGUCCGCCUGGGUGAAAAGGCAUUUGAGAUGGUGAGGCAGAACCAGCUAAAGAAAGGGGAUGUGCUGGCAGUAGCCCAGAUUGCAGGAAUUCAGGCAGCCAAGCUGACCAGCCAGUUGAUCCCGUUGUGUCACAACAUCCCCCUCAACCAUGUAGAGGUGUCUCUGAGCCUAGAUGAGGCCAGAUAUGCAGUGGUGAUUCGCAGCUCCUGUCAGACCUGGGGGAGGACAGGCGUGGAGAUGGAAGCUCUCACAGCUGCCAGCCUGGCUGCUCUGACUGUGUAUGACAUGUGCAAAGCAGUUACUCAUGACAUUGUGAUUGAAGAGGUGAAGUUGCUUAGUAAGAUAGGUGGGCAGAGGGGAGACUUCUCAAGGGUCUAGAUCAUAUCUAGACUCCUCCAGGUGACCACUGCUCCUGUUCAGGCUCUUACAGAACUACUUUUGCUCAGCUGGUUGCUGUGGAAACCUCACCAGUUGUACCAUACAACAACCCUGUGACUCCAGUCUUGCCUUACCCUGGCAGCUUCCUCCUGAGUGAACACUUAUCCCUAUUGGUAACCACAUGUGUCUUUUUCAGAGGACAGACUUCUCCACUCUGCCAAUACCUUCAUUUUAGUGUCCUUACCAUGAGCUUGAGCAAAGAUUGCAAGAUACACCACAGAGGUUUGUUGUUUUUUUUUUUUUUUUGCCCUUCUUGCUGUGAAGUAUUCACAGCUGCUGUCAUCACACCAUGCAACCGUAAACUCUGGAAAUGAAGCAAGUGCUAAAAGUGCUGUUAUUCAGCAACUGUUUUUAAGUCGAGGAUUAAGAUUUCAGAGUUUUGUCUGUCCCCCUUAGUUGAAUUUAGAAGGUGACAAGGAGAAGGACAUAGCUCAAGCACUUUACUAUACUAUACUAUAACUGCGGAAGAGCCAGGGUCAGAGGGGCAGCUCCCAUCCCUUUGCAUUGCUGCUGCUUCCCUUGCCUGCAAGUGGGAAAUGUCCACAUAUCAGUUUCAAAAGAAAAAAAGAUGGCAGCUGCCCAGCAGUCUGCCUUGAGCCCUCUGUAAAACAUGAUGUGGAAACAGAGGACUUCUAGGCUUGGAAGAAUUAUUUUGCUGACCUGAAAUAUACUUCUACAGUGUUAGAAGCAUGUUCCAGCAUUUUGAUCUUAGCGCUCAAAUACCUUGAAACCCUGUGUCUGCAUGCAUAAGAGCUUAAUUGUGCCAUGCACGGAAGUAGGUGUCAGCUCUCCCCAACUUUAGAAAUAGAUGUCACACCAAGCCCCAGAAGGCUGCAUGAUUUUUCAUCCUAUAGUGCAACUCCUAGUAACCAGCAGCCUGCAUAAUCCUGACAGAUAAAGCAACCUUUACAACUAGUAGCCACUUGGAAGAGUAAGGUAGUUACUCUUGCCUCAGACAGAUUGUUUUCCUGCAUGUUCCUCUGAUUUGCUUUCAUGAAGUUGUCUGGCCUCAAACAUAUGAACAUCCCCAUAAAUGUACCAGUGGCCACUGUCAUGUAGCAUUAAAUAGCUUGAUAACGACCGUCCUAGACAAGAAAUUACUCAACAUUGUUUAUCUAAUAUUAAUGGAUUAUUUUAAAAUAUUAAUUUAAAUGCUCUAAACAGAGAAUUUUCGACUUGGGUUUACUUGUUUUCUGAUGCUAAUGGCUGAUGUGAAGUCACAUACUAUUUAGGGUGCUCCCUCUCCAUACGCACAGAGUUGAAGACAGCUCUAAUAACGUCAAAGAGGCUACCAAAAAUAUAUCUUAAACUUUACAAGUAGCUGCUUGUCAUGAAAUAAGGUUAAAUUACUGUGGGCAUCAGUAAAGCGCACACCACACUGUCAUGCACAUCCUGCUCACUUAAAGUACUCACAGGUCUAAGAUGAGCAGGCAGUAGGUUUUAGUACAAAUGUCUUUGUCUUUGCUUAUCCUUUACAAAUCUUACACAUUACUUACUGCAGAAGGCGCUUUUUCCAUUGAAGGUGAAUUUGAGUCUUUAUUCAUUGUCACUGUGAGAAAAGGCAUGUACAAUGACCCACAUAGCAGCUCCACCUGAAACGGAAAUGAGUCUGGAAAGCUUAGUGCCCAAACUCCAUAAAUGUUUGUACACCUACAUUCACUGUUACUGUCAAGAUUCCCUUGAUAUCAUUGAUUUGCCUGUAAAUUAAUAGUAGGGGAACUCCUGCUCCUUCCCAGGAGUGUACCCAGCACACCAGUAAUGAGCAUCAAUCACAGCUGAUCCCGCAAACACAAGAGACCUUUUUUAUCUGUGGAGCUGCUGUGGCAAUAGCACAAAUGUUUCCCUGGCUCAGCGUGGAAACAAAUUGUCAGGAAAAGGAAGCACGUCUGUCACCUGCCAAGUUAACUGAUUUACACAAGCGCUUUACUCCCCCCACCAUUCACAACAGGCCCUGCCCUCCCUGCCUUCACACACUCUCUAGCUAUUUGAAAACUAACAGGACAUACUCAGUAGUAAUAAAAUGAUGCUUUGAGGCAUAUGAUUCUUUGGCUUCUGAGAAGUUUGCUGUCACACUGUAAAGCUCUCACAAAGGUCUCAAGACCAUACAAGGGAGUACAGAGCACAUGAACAAGUGCCACGCACAUCUUAAUAACGCACAUUUCACUAUGUUCUUGGGGUGAGAGUAGCUGGAAGCAUUGGGCAAACAGACUUUGGUGCCAUUUUAUGCUCAUGUUACAUUGUCAAGUCUUGAAACUAUGCACAUUUAUGGAUAAUGAACCAAGUGUGAUCAAUAGAACAUUUUACAAGAGAAAUGAGCUGAUAGGACUGUGUGUUUCAGUGGUGCUGGGUAGGCAAUGAUGUAAUAAAUGUUGAUGAACUGACUGCUUUUUAGGAGGCUUCCUUAUUUUUGUCCACUGCAUUUUUAAUAAAUACUAAUUGUAAUGAA